AUGGGUCUUGUCAGUGUCCCCAGUGACCUCCAGGUUACUAAAUCUGAUUGUGAGAAAAGUCCUUCCACUGAGGUGGACACCCACAGUGAGACAACUACAUUAUCUGAGGGCCCCAAUCGUACCCUGCUGAUUCAUGGCCCUGUGGAAUUCAAAAGAGGCUGGAGAAGGCAGAAGCGACACCUCUUCCUCUUCAGUGAUUUGUUGCUUGUGUCUAAUUCCAAGUAUAGAAAGACCUUCAAAAUUAAAGAUAAAAUACCACUGAACACCAUGUGGAUGACAGACUGUGAUGACACCAAUGCCAAGAGGUCCCUUGUUUUGGGCUGGCCCACCGUGAACUUCACAGCCACCUUUAGUUCUUCAGAACAAAAGGAACAAUGGCGCUCUUCCCUUCGAAGGUACAUCAAUCUAGCCAAAGAGAAAGACCACCUGAAGAGCAUUCCCCUGAAAAUCUUUACUGAGGAUAUCAAGAACUGUGCCUGUCCUAUAAGUUUAACAGUAACAAAUUCAGAUACAACCAAUGACAUUAUCGACAAGUCACUACCAAUGCUCGGAAUAACUGGCUCUAAGAGUGAUUACCAGUUGUGGGUCAGUUCUGGCAAGAAAGAGGCCCCAUUCCCACUCAUCGGACAUGAACAUCCCUAUGGAAUAAUAAUGAGCCAUCUUCAAGCCACUGCACUCCUGCCACACCGCCUAAGGGGCUCCAUAUCUCCAUCCACUCUCCAGGAGCCCUUCUUACUGGAGCAGCCAUUCUCAGAGAUGGGAGGUCCGUUCAUCCUAAAGCCCAGGCACCCACUGAGGAGCCAGCAGCAGAAAAAUGCAGGCCAGAAGACAGGUGAAAAGAAAUGGCCUAUGGUGAACUGGGCCUUUCGGCGGAACCCCAGCACUUGCCAGGACAACGUGUGCAGGGCUCUACCAUCCCCCGAGCCAGGGAAGCUCUUUGGGGUUUCGCUCAAAGAUGUUUGUCCCAAUGAUGACCUGCCCACUCCUCUCCGGGAUAUGCUUUUCUUUCUUAAACAAAAAGGGCCUCUGACAGAGGGCAUCUUCAGAAUAUCGGCCAGUGUCAGAGCAUGUGGAGCCCUCAAGCAGAAACUAAACUCAGGAGAGAAGGUGAAUUGGGAGGAUGAGUCAGUUUUGGUAGUAGCAUCUGUCUUAAAGGAUUUUUUUAGAAACAUCCAGGAAAGUGUAUUUUCCUCUGGUCUGUAUUAUCAAUGGCUUACUGUUAUUGAUGAAGGGAAUGAGGAGGAGAAAAUAACUGGAAUCCAGAGGCUUUUAGACCAACUUCCAAAAGCCAAUGUUGUUCUCCUGCGAUACCUUUUUGGGGCUUUACACAACAUUGAACAACAUUCUGCAUCGAAUCAGAUGACUGCAUAUAAUUUAUCAGUCUGUAUCGCCCCAAGCAUCCUUUGGUCUUCUACUUCCUGCAGCCCAGGACUGGAAAAUGAAUUGACAAAAAAGAUUUCUCUUGUACAAUUUGUUAUCAAAAAUUGCUUGAACAUAUUUGGAAAAGACAUCACUUCCCUCUUAGAGGAAAGCUCAAUGAUCACAACAAUGAGUUGUGCUUAUUCAGAGAAGGCUUCAGAAGUAACAACGGAGCAGCCUCUUGAAUCCAAGCCGAUAAGAGUUAUACUAAUGUACAGAAAGAGACAGCUGCGGGAUUCUGCCCAGGCCCCUUCUGACGUGGACCAACCACCUGUCACCAUUUUCUGA